ACAGACUGCAGCCACCGAACAGCACGUGAAGGCUCUUCCGAGUCUGUUGUGUGUCGUGAUGACUCUCUGCUCGGGUCUUGACACCUCGGUCAGGGAUCCGGAGAAGGUAUCCGCACGUACUUAGGUGGUCGAUCAUUGAAGGGCUACGAGGUUUACGGGGUUUAGACGUGUUUCUUUACACGCCAGAGAGGAAGAAAAGGGAAACUUUAUAAAAGACGUGUAAUAUGGAGGACAUGGGCCCAGUUACCCAGGAGCCUUCUAAGAUGGCAUAUAAAUAUGAAGAAGCAGACUCAAAAGAGGUGAGCAAUGAGGAGGAAGAGAAGAGUCACACACUACAUACGGGCCUCCAUUUCACGAGUAACUUGGAGGAAAGACGUGUGGACAUCAAGAAAGAGGACUGUGAAUGGGAAUAUGUGCACCUUCCUCAGGACUGGGCUAGCAUUAAGGAGGAGGACAGUGAGUCCGAGGUGACAUUUGACAGCAGUGACAUGCAGGAAACUGAAAUGGUAAGCAGUGUGAAAAGAGAAGACUUCAAACUGGAGGACGUGUGUUCAGAUAUCACCGGAUUAGGCCUCAGUCUGAAGGGUCAUCACACCCUACAGCGUCACUCUGUCCCCGCGAAGUCUGAGUGUUUGGAGUCUGACGUGACCAGGAUUGAGAAAGAAUUAAGUUCAUGUCCCUCUGGAGAAGAUUUACAAGAAAGUCACACAUCAUUAUUCCCUCUUCACUGUAAACCACAGCAAAAUGAACAUGUGAAAAAGCUUAAGUCUGGUGCAGAUGUUUUGUUGUCAGCAAUUUUGCCGUGUAGUCCUCUGCCUUUUGAAAAAUUAACAUGUACAAAUGCACUCAAUGCUCAACAACAGGUGUAUGAUACAGAUGUAACAGCUUCUAAACAGAAAUCUAAAACCAAACAUAAGUGGAGUCAUACAAGGCAAAAAUCCUACUGCUGUACUGAAUGUGGCAAAGAAUUCUUUACCAGUGUUGACCUUCAAACCCACGAAAGAAUUCAUACUGGUGAGAAGCCAUAUUGCUGUUCUGAAUGUGGCAGGCAAUUUUAUAACAAGAGCAGUCUUAAGAACCACACAAAAGUUCACACUGGAGAGAGGCCAUAUUGCUGUUCUGAAUGUGGCAAACGAUUCUCAAGGAAUUGCAAUUUUCAGAUACAUGCAAGAAUUCAUACUGAAGAGAAGCCGUAUUCUUGUUCUGACUGUGGUAGGCAAUUCUCGCAAAAAGGUCAUGUUCAGAGUCACAUGAGAAUUCAUACUGGAGAGAAGCCAUAUUGCUGCCGUGAAUGUGGCAAAAAAUUCUCUAAUAAACGCAAUCUUCAAACCCACAGCCGAAUUCACACUGGGGAGAAGCCAUUUUGCUGUACUGAAUGUGGAAAACAAUUUUCUACAAGUAGCCAUCUUCAAUUCCACACACGAAUUCAUACUGGAGAGAAGCCAUACUGCUGUAUGGAAUGUGGCAAACUAUUCUCCAGGAGUAACAAUCUUAAUUCCCACAGGAGAAUUCACACUGGGGAGAAACCACAUUGCUGUCCAGAUUGUGGCAAACGAUUCUUCACCAGUAGUAAUCUUCAGAGCCACACAAGAAUUCAUACUGGAGAAAAGCGAUUCAGCUGUUCUGACUGUGGUAAAAGAUUCUUUGACAACUGUGGCCUUAAGAUCCAUAGAAGAAUUCACACUGGAGAGAAGCCAUAUUGCUGUUCCGAAUGUGAUAAACGUUUCAGUACCAGUGGUGACCUACAAACCCACAGACGGAUUCACACUGGUGAGAAGCCAUAUUGCUGUUCUCAAUGUGACAAACGAUUCUGCACCAGUAGCAGUCUUAAGACACACUUUCGAAUCCAUAGUAGGGAAAGUAAAUACAGAAGUAAGCAUCAGAACAUGACUGAACUGAAAAGGAAUGGAUUUAAAGUGGAACAUAAUCUGUCAUAUUGAGAUACUGGCAAGGACAAUGAAUGUUUUGAAGAAUUUAAGCAAAGCAUAGAAGCACAAAUGAGGUAAAGUGACAGCAGAAUCAUAAGUUGUACAAGCUACACAGUAAUCUCAAUAAUAUUGUCCCUGCUAUACAACAAGCAGAGACUAGAAAAGUAAACAUAGUAAGUGCACCAAUUUAUGUCUUAAAAGUAUUAAAAAUACUCAAAAUAGGCAGAAGUAGCUCUAACAAUAUGGACAAAGUCAGUCAUUGGCCAACCCGCUAUAUCCUAUCAUAGGGUCACUGGGGUCUGCUGGAGCCAAUCCCAGGCAAACACAGGGCG